CAAAAACGGAAAACGUAUUAAGCACUAACCAGUAAGCAGUACUUAGUAUGAUUACUUAAUUAAAACCACACUGUAGACACGUAGUAAAUCAAGCUUCUAUAAAUUAAUUACUGACCCUUUCUUCCGAUGUUUUGUGGGUGAUUGAAGGUGCCGGUUGUUCCCAUGCUCAGCGUCUGCAUGGAAUUUGCAGGUGGUAUAUGUUGUGCAAUGCAGUUGUCGAUGGGCAGGUUUUCACGGGCAGGUUUAAUUUUGGGGCCGCGACUAGUCUGAAUUAUCCAAACGAUGGACUUGGAGGAAGAUUUCGCGACAACGCAGGACGAGCGUAACUUGGAGUUGCAGAUGUUCCGCGAACGGUGGAAACAAGAACUUGGCGCAAAGACUGCCGUACCCGCCGGCCCAACAACAGGCGGAUAUCACGAGGAAACUUCGCAUGAUCCAAACGUAACGGAUUGCAGCCGAUCCACAUUUGAAAUUGCAGCAGAAAUUUUUCGCGAAGGAAUGAAAGAAGAGCGCAAUGGACGCGUCUACGAAGCCAUUAGUCUUUACCGGCACGCCAUGCAGUUGGAUCCCGAUAUUGAGUUCAAAAUGGAGAAAUCCGCUGCCGUUAAACCGAAAAAUCGCGUGGCUGAUGUGGCACCGCGCCAGGUGCCCACAUUGUCUCCACAAGAAAUGGAUGAUGAACAGGAGACUGAGGAAGACAUCCUGGAACGUCUGCUCACUUACGACACUCUAGUGUACGGAACGUGUCUCCCGGAGUAUCCUUUAGGAGACACCGACACCCAUAUCAGCGCCUUGCCGCUCGAAGUUCUGCAGUACAUUACGCAGUGGCUCGUCUCGUCCGAACUGGAUAUGCUUUCCUUGGAACGUUUUACGAUUGUCUGUCGGGGAUUUUACCGGACGGGAAGGGAUGAUGCAGUCUGGCGGUUGGCCUGCAUGCGCAUCUGGGGCAAAUUAUGCGAACGCCCCGAAGCGCUGAAUUACGGAUCGUGGAGGCAGAUGUUCAUUCAGCGCCCGCAGAUCCGUUUCAAUGGAGUAUAUAUAAGCCGCAUUUCGUAUAUCCGUCCUGGUGAAGCGUCCUUUAUCGAUCAGAAUUCAAAUUAUCGGCCUUGGCAUACGGUGUAUUAUUAUCGCUUUUUCCGGUUUUUCGCCGAUGGCACUGUUUUGUAUGCUAACACGCCAGAUGAGCCCUUGAAUGUCGUGCCUCGAUUGCGGACCAAACAACAAGCGAAUAUCUCCAGCAGUACUGGUUGUGUUAUUUUGACAGGAUGUUUUCGGUUGACUCCCGAUGGGGAGGGAGUGACUAUUUAUCUGAAACGGGAUUUGUAUAAAGACGAUAUGGGGCAACGACAAACACGGAAUAAGCGCAACAGCAAGAAGGAAGGCACGGAAACGCUGGUGAUGGAAUUGGCUAUUCGGAGUUCGAGAGGCCGAUUGCAUGGCAGACUUGACUGGAAAAGGUAUUCCAUCACACGGAAAAUUGGCAAAAUCGAAACGCAUUCUCUGGUGGAUGUUCAUCAACAGUUUCCAUCAUCGUUUUUUUCACGCGUGAAAAGUUAUACGGGUUCGUCUGAAAAUCCGUUGGAGUAAGCACGAAAUUACAGCGAUGUGAUUGGUGUGAAAUGGAAUAUUAUUUAUAGUUUGUAUUUUGAUGAUACAGAAUGCGAACUACUUUUAAAUUUUGUUUAAAAAGUGGUUGAACGAGUCAGAAUGACAGUCAGGACUUGACUUCUCGAGAGCAUUUUGUCAGUGAGGUGAUGAAUGAUAUUGCAGUUG